GAUGAAAUGGAAGAUGAAUCCCUUGUAAAAAAAAAUGUUUUCCCUAAUGAAUUUUUAUUAAGGAUUGUGCCUGAUGGAACAAGUAUUAAAGAUUUUGCGAGAUCCGUAGCAACUAAAAAAAAGUCUAAUGUACAACCAUAUCUGAUAACUCAGUCAGGUCAGUCGGUAGAUAAGACAUUCGUGCAAGGAGAUGGAUGGUUUAUCAAUGUUCAUCCCGAAAGUCAACCCAUCACUACUUUUGAUCUCUUAUACAAAACGUACUAUGUACUUAACGUAGAGUACCCGGAAACUUUGAAAAAUUUUUAUAAUUUUAUUGAUUACUUCAUCUUUCACAUGAAUGUCGAGUCAAUAAGUAUGGUAUGUUCUUUGUAUACUAGUCUUUCGAAUUUUAAUAUUGAUAGUCGUAAGAAAGGUACAGACGAUGCUUUCGAAGAUGAUUUGGACUAAAAUAUAUCGUUUUAAAAAUUAAUGAUAAUAUAUGAGAGUUCUACUGAGUAAGAAAUAGUUCUACUUAACUA